AUGACUACCUUAACACCCCCGGCGCCUGAUACAGGCCCCAUGGUAUCAACUGUUUGGAGAUCGAGGUUCCGAGCUGCUAUCAGCGAGAUUACGGCCAUCCUAUACGUCCUUGUUCUUUUCCUUGCGAGCGAGCUCAUCAUCUGGGGGAUUAGCCUCGCACUUGCCCCGGCAAAGAUUGAGUAUUUCUCAUCCAUCUUGAGCAUGGUUCUCGUCUUCGCGACUAUGACCGGAAUCACAACAGUGCUGCCCAGUUCCGAUCCCUUCUAUCAACAGAUGAUGAAGCCAAAGAUUGAUUUUGUAAACUCGCACCUUGGUAUUGGAUUUCCUGUCCCCAUUGUCAUGUUGGAUCCCGAAAAUGUUCUCAACGUGGAAGAGAUUGCUAAGAUCAUUUGUGUUUGUGUAAUUACAAAUCUCAUUUCGUGGAUCGCAUGCUUCGCUGUAGCUUGUUGCGUCCUUAAACUCGCCAUUCGAAGUUGCGGUUUCACUACCUGCGGCGGAAGGUUAGGAUUCAACAAAACCGAAACCGAGAACCGAGCUCGCUGGGAAGCAGAAGCGACCAACCAGCCCAAGGAAGAGACAGAAGGUGCCUCAGAGCCAGCGAACGGAACUCGACCUAAAACCCCUGCUAUCGACCUCAGCGCCGAACCCACCAAGACCAAAUCACCAGUGUGGGAUUCUGCUGUAGCUUCAUACCCCAUCCUCUUACCCGCACUUGUUGCUCUGGUGGUCGGUACUCCAAUUGCCGCUAAACUUCGCGAUCACCGUGUGUUGGACAUGUGUAUUCUUCUCUGCCUAUGGACUACCUCAGUAAAGUCCCAACGUCGCUUCAAAGUUUCACGAAUUUGCUCAGGGAGCCCCCGAAUCAAGAGGAUGUUGACCACUAUCAUGAAUCCUGUCCUUCUUACGACCCUGUUGAUGAUCACAUAUACGAGAUCAAAGGCCGCUGCGACGAUCAAUAUGAGCCUGACUGAUCUUCUUCAUCAAUUCAGUUUCGGGACGCCACUCUACGCCAUCUGGACUUCUACGGUGAUGAAGACUCUUCUCACUGCCAACCCUACACGAAACUUUGGUGCCGGAGACACGGCUCUGGCUUUCCUAGAAUGCGGGAUAGUUGUUUGGGGGUUCAAGCUGUAUGAGAACCGCCGCCAAGUUUUUAGCCUCAAUGGGUUGCUCAUUACGAUUCUGGCAACCCUUGCGGCAGCUUUCAAUGUGUACAUGGGCGUCCGUAUAGCCCGACUUGUUGGACUCGAGCCCGCUGAGGCACUGGCCUUUGCAGCCCGAUGCACGACUCUGGCGCUCGCAAGACCAAUCAUGGCAUCUCUCCAGGGCAACUCUGCAGUCAACGCCGCCUUGGUGGUCACCAACGGAAUUCUUGGACAGUUAUUGUGCCCAUAUCUCGUGGGGCUUUUGGAUGUCAAGAAGUGCAGUGACACCGUGGAGAAUCAAGAGCCUUCUGAAUAUGCAAGCCCCCAGGAAAACUCCGCAGAAGCCUCCAGUUCGGAAUCCCAGACACCAUUGGUGACUGAGCCAAAACCCCAGGAUGAGCCAGAGUCACCAACAACUCCAAUAAUAAGAUUGGGUGACCAGGAGAUCGUGGGCACUAGCCCGGCAACCACCGCGCUGAACUUCACCAUCGGAGCCAAUGCAGCAGCCAUGGGGGUUGCAUACCUGUUGGAGAUCAGAUCGCCCGCCGCCGCCUUCGCUGUUCUCUCGAUGAUCGUGUAUGGCGUUAUGACUGUGGUUUUCGCCACCGUGGAGCCAAUGAGAUCCGCCGUCAUCGCGCUGGCCGCAUAA